AUCAACUGAAAGAUAACCACAGAGAACAUUAAGUCCAACAAGCACAACUACUUAUGUCCAGAGAGACUGUAAUGGAAUAUUAUAACUUUCAUGGAAACAGCUUUAAUGAAAAAGACUUUGAGUAAACAUCAGAAAACUCUGCCAACUUCUGGAAAAACCAUUACUAAUGUCCCUAGCAGAUUGUCUUCAAAAAAGGCCUCAACAUCCAUUGGAUCUGAGCUUCCUGCAUUUUCACCAGAUGUAAUGAGUUUAAAUUCCGUUGUUAAAACAAAUCCUAGAAAGAAGAGGCCCAAGACUGUGACAGUAUCAAAAAGGUCAAACAUUGGAAGCAUGUCUCAGGAUCAAUGGGAUCGACCAGUUAUUCCACCAAGAAGACCAGGCUUAAGAGUGUGCUAUAUCUGUGGCAAAGAGUUUGGUUCGCAAUCUCUUCCUAUUCAUGAACCAAAAUGCCUGGAGAAGUUGCAUAUUGAAAAUAGCAAACUACCAAAGCAUCUCAGGAGAGCACCACCUGCUAAACCUCAGGCUCUUUCUGGAAAGUUUUCCAGUAUAGCAGCUGAAAAUGAAGCAGCAGCUCAAAGUUUUCAAGCUCAGCUCCAGCCCUGUCCAAACUGUGGUCGCACUUUCCUACCAGAUCGCCUCCUUAUACAUCAAAAGAGUUGUAAACUGAAGCCUAAUCCAGGUUCUUCAAACUCCAAAUUGCUUACAUCUACAGGUUAUGGGGCAUCAUCAUCAGACAAGUCUCCCAUGAUAAGGCGACCUCCUACAGUUAUUUGUUAUAUUUGUGGCCGUGAGUAUGGAACCCAUUCCAUAGGCAUCCAUGAACCACAGUGUCUGAAAAAAUGGCAUAUUGAGAACAAUCAACUGCCAAAACAUUUGCGAAGAGCUGAACCUGUAAAACCAGUUGUCUGUUCCAUAGGAGCCAAAGGUUACUAUGAUCUUGAUGCUUUAAAUGAGUCUGCGUGGCAAAGCGCCCAGAGCCAGCUAGUUCCAUGUGAUAUUUGUGGCCGUACCUUUCUGCCAGACAGACUGAUUGUCCAUCAGCGGUCCUGUAAACCAAAGACACCAAAAUAAAGUUCUCCUCAUGUUAAGGAGUUAAAGAACAAAAUUGUACUCUGACCUCUAGAAUGAAAGUUUCGACACUGAAGAAUCAUUGAACUAUAUAUAAUCAUUCCAAAUCUGCCCUGCAUAAAAUUACCAUAGUAUUGAUUACGUGAGUGACAUAUGGGACAUGUAGAACCUGUGACGGUGUUUUGCAGCAAUUAUUGAUGAAGUGGUUCAUAAGGACAAAAAGAACCUUUAUGGAAACAUCUGCAACAUGGAGUCUUCACAGAACGGACAGUCGCCUUCAUGUUGUUCAGUGAUUACCGUUCUUCCAAGUAUUGCAAUGUCUUUUAAGAAAUGGUUUUGUUUGAUAGACUCCUCUUUUAGUAAAUCAUGUAUAAGAACGUUUAUUUUUAGUAAUGAAUUUUCGGUUUAGGGGAUCGAUCAACAGCAACAUAAGGACUAUAAAAGUUUUGAUAGCCUUCAUCAAAAGUGGAUAUAAUUAUUUCAAUUCCCCCCUCCCAAAUUUUGAAUCAUUGAACAGACUUCACCUGUUGGUUCUGAAUGUCCUUGGGACAAAGGUCAACUGUUCCCCAUAAUUCCAUUCCUCUCACCCCGCCACCCCCUGUUUAACAUAUACAUGAAAUUUCUAGGUCAGUUUGAGGUCUAUUCUGGUUUUUCAAUUCAUAAAACUAAAGUUAAGGUAACUGUAGGUAAAACCUUGUUUUAUGCUCGCAGGUUAUAAUGUUAUACAGAAGGUUUGCUGCUCUUUGAGAUUUCCAAUAUGAAGGGUGGAAGACAGGAUUCAAAGUGCCAGAAGAAAGGAUGGAUGAUGAUGCAAUUUUCUUCAGAAUUCAGGUGGGAGGGGAAUACCGUUAAUCCUCUGUAUGCUGUUUGAGCAUCAAAGGACAAGUUUUGCUAUCACUCCCAUAGACAUAUUUUUUCUUUUUUUAUUUGCAAUGAUUACCUGACCAAACAGUGACCAAGUGACCAUAUGUAGUCCAGUAACCACUAUAGAAAGAAUGUGAUAGUAAGCAACAAGAGUUUUAACAGUAUUAGUGAGCACACAUACUGAUUUUUAACCUCAAAGGUUGCAUCCAUACUUAGUACUAUGAAUAUUUCUAUUGAUAAUCUUCUCUUUACUAAGUUUCUUUAAGUAAUCAUCUUACCAUAUGACAGUCUGCUGACUACAAAACAUGAUGUGGUCAGAUAAUUAUUGUAAAGGAAAAAGAAUAAACCACCAUCAAGAUGUAAAUUGAAAUAACCCAACCCUACAUUCAAAUUGGAGUUAUUUUAGUUCUCUUUCAAAACAAACCUGGAAGAAAUAUAUUUCAAUGAAUGAAGAAAUAAUAAAAAGACCCAGACUGACUACUCACUCUGAUUUGCCCAGCAUUCGUAGAACUCAUAUGACACAAGGCUAUAUACAGUAUGAAAGCAUUACUAUUAAUCUUCUCAUCGUUCCUAUCACCCAUCUCCUCCCACUUAUGACUAUAUGACUGUGACCUUGUUGCUGGUAUCCUUAAGAUUUAUAUUGACUGUUUCCCUAUGACUAUCAUUAAGUGUUGUACCUUAUGAUUCUUGACAAAUGUAUCUUUUCUUUUAUGUAUACUGAGAGCUUAUGCAC